GCAGUGGCCGAGGUGCGUGGCUGAGAGGCGGGGCGGAGCGGAAGUCCACAGCCGAGCGAAGUUGGCUCCCCCUUGCAAGGUUACAGCGCCCCAAAGACGUUUAUCGAGCGUCUGCUGUGUGCGCCAAGGGGUGCUGACCCGGCGAACAGAAGUGACUGGUUGACAUCAAACGAUGGCACCCACGCCAGAAGGAAGCGAGGACACUCUGUUCCCAGAUUUCCCCAGGGGGCCCCUGCAGGCGUACCGUGCACGCGCGUCCUUCAACUGGAAGGAGCUGGCACUGUUCUUGGAAGGCGAGGACAUUCUGCGCCUGAAGAAAACUAUCUUCUCGACCUUGGAGAACGACCCCCUCUUCGCCCAUCCCAGGGGGCACGACCUCUCCCUGGAGCAGUACCGCGAGCUGACCUUCCGGCGCCACAAGCGGCUCUUCGAACACAACUUCCUCCACCCCAGUGACCUGCAGCAGAACCCGCUUAAAUCCCUGGUGCUGGUGAACUGCCUGGGCAUGUACGACUGGUCCCUGGCCAGCAAGGUCAUACUGAGCACAUCUGUCUUCCUGUCAGCGAUUUACAACUCUGGUUUCGAAAGACUUUUCGAAUACAUCCCAAAGGUCUUCAGCAUGGAGAUCUCUGGGUGCCUGGCUCUAACUGAGCUCAGUCACGGGAGUGACACCAAAGCCAUCCGCACGACCGCGCACUACGACCCCGCCACCGAGGAAUUCAUCCUCCACUCCCCCGACUUCGAAGCUGCCAAAUUUUGGGUCGGCAACAUGGGCAAGACGGCAACCCACGCGGUGGUGUUCGCGCAGCUGUACACGCCGGGGGGCCAGUGCCACGGCCUGUUCCCCUUUGUCGUGCAGAUCCGGGACCCGAAGACCCUUCUCCCUGUGCCUGGGGUGAUGGUGGGUGACAUGGGGAGGAAGAUCGGGCUGAACGGCCUGGACAACGGGUUUGCCAUGUUCCACAAGGUCCGGAUUCCUCGCCAGAACUUACUGAACCAGACUGGAGACGUCACCCCUGAGGGCACCUACGUCACCCACUUUAAGGUAAAGUGUCUCCAGGACGACAGGCAGCGCUUUGGGGCGUCCCUGGGCAGCUUGUCUGCUAGCCGGGUCUGCAUCGUGGGCAUGUGCGUCACUAACCUGAAGCUGGCUGUGUGCAUAGCCCUUCGCUUCUCUGCCACCCGGCGUCAGUUUGGACCCGCAGAGGGGGAGGAGAUCCCCGUCCUCGAGUACCAGCUGCAGCAAUGGCGCCUGCUGCCCUACCUGGCAGCCGCCUACGCCCUGGACCACUUCUCCAAGUCGCUUUUCCUGGACCUGAUGCAGCUGCAGCAAGGCCUCCGCGGGGACGACCGCAGUUCCAGGCAGGUGGAGCUCGGACGCGAAAUCCACGCUUUGGCGUCGGCCGGGAAGCCCCUGGCCUCGUGGACGGCCCAGCGGGGGAUUCAGGAGUGCCGGGAGGCCUGCGGGGGACACGGCUACCUGGCCAUGAACCGUCUAGGUGACCUCAGAAAUGAAAACGACCCAAACUGCACGUAUGAAGGGGACAACAACGUUCUGCUACAGCAGACCAGCAACUACCUGCUCGGCCUGCUGGAACGUGGGGGCCCAGGUGGCACUCGCUGUGAGAGCCCACUGAAGAGCGUGAACUUUCUGGAAGCCUACCCCGCCAUCCUCCGCCAGAGGUUCGAGGUGGCCAGCCUCCAGGACUGCCUGGACUCUGCAGUCCCCCUGGCGGCGUACGAGUGGCUGGUCUGUUACCUGCUCCGAGAGAGUCAGCAGAAGCUAAACCAGGAGAGGAAAUCGGGAAGCAGCGACUUUGCAGCACGGAGCCGCGCUCAGGCCUACUGCUGCCGCCCCCUGGCCCUGGUGUUCCUGGAGCUCACCGUGGUGCGCAGGUUCCACGAGUACACGCACCAGCCUGGCGUGCCGCCCCCGCUGCAGGCCCUGCUGCGGCGGCUCAGCGCCCUCUACGGCCUGUGGUCCCUGAGCCAGCACACGGCCCUGCUCUACCGAGGCGGCUACUGUUCCGGGGAGCGAGCCGGCAAGCUGAUGGAGAGCGCCGUCCUGGAGCUGUGUGCGCAGCUGAAGGACGAUGCGGUGGCCCUGGUGGACGUGAUUGCCCCUCCCGACUUCAUCCUGGACUCCCCGAUUGGCAGAGCUGAUGGCGAGCUCUACAGAAACCUCUGGGCCGCCGUCCUGCAGGGGAGCGGUGCACUGGAGCGGGCCUCGUGGUGGCCGGAGUUCGCCAGCAAGCCCGUGGUGGGGAGUUUGAGGUCCCAGCUGUAGCCGCCCCGCCCACGUUCUGCUCAGUCCGGUGAAGCCAAUGAGGACGAGGAUUUCAAAUUCCGGUUCUGCGGUCCAGGCAGCCGCCAGCCUUCUUAUCAGGAGCGCGCCUCAGUACGUCACCUAACCUGCUAGUGGCCGAUCCCCAAGCGGGCCUGGCCCGUCCUCUGCGUCUCAUCGGGACGGGCAGCCCCGGGGUUCAGGCUGCUCUGCUGUGUGCACCAAACACGCCUGCGAUGGCACCUUCCGGAGGGAAUGUCCACGUUGGACAAGCAGAACCUGGCACUUUCUGUUUCUACACACGAGAAGCGAGCUCAGCCUCGCCAGCACCGGUGCUGCGGUUGAUUCUUCACCCGAGCGACUUCACCAUGUAACCAUUUCUCCCGGAACUUUCCCGUUGGGCACUGUGGGCCAUUCGAAUGGCAUUGUUUCAGAAAUUUAAGGAAAAGAAAAUCAGGUUUAUUGCUUUCUUGGGUGGAACUGGAAGUUUCCACCAAGGAAAUAUUUCCAAAGAAAAAAAAUUAUGAUUUGAA